AUGCACUGCUUUUUGGUUCUGCCUUCAGCAUAUAUUGGAUCUGUAUAUUUCUCAGAGGAAUCCCUUACUUCCUACUACUUUUCUGGGCCUUGGCCUUCUGAGUUCUGUGCUCAAGAACUUCUCAAAUCAUUUCCCAGGCAGAGAAUUGAUAUUGAGCCGAGGGAUACGGGGCUUCCAUCCUUUAUGCAUCCGUUUAAUUGGCUCAUCGCCCAUACUGUCGGCAUUAAGCUUGCUUAUCCAGGCUGCAUGACGCUCUUCAAUUCUUUGACGCGUGAGUUUUAUAUUUAUCUCAUUAUUUCAAUCUGUUUGUCGCCGAUGUAG